AUGAGUCUCAAUCGCAAAGAUGACACCCCGGACAACAGGGCUGCACUGUCUCACAGCUUGACACAAUUACCCGCGGGAGCAGCAGAGGUAUUCCCACAGGCACAGGUGAAGCAACGAAAUGCUACACUUGUUGCAGUGACAAGCAGACUAUCGGACCCCGUCGUUGCAGCCUUUAUCGGUGGUGGAGUUGCGGGCGCCGUAUCCCGAACAAUUGUUUCCCCGCUCGAGAGGCUAAAGAUUCUUCUUCAGGUUCAGAGUGUUGGCCGAGAAGAAUACAAGCUCUCCAUUGGGAAAGGCCUAGCCAAAAUGUGGAGAGAAGAAGGUUGGAAAGGGUUUAUGCGUGGGAACGGCACUAAUUGCAUUCGAAUUGUUCCUUAUUCUGCAGUCCAGUUUGGGAGUUACAAUUUAUAUAAAAAGGCAUUUGAACCCACGCCCGGUGGAGAGCUUACGCCCCUGAGAAGACUCACAUGUGGUGGACUUGCUGGCAUAACGUCAGUCACCUUUACUUAUCCCUUAGACAUCGUACGCACUCGCCUUUCCAUUCAGUCCGCAUCCUUUUCUGAACUGAAAAACCAACCCCGAGCGAAACUCCCUGGUAUGUAUGAGACAAUGUGCCUCAUGUAUAAAAACGAGGGCGGUAUUGUUGCACUAUAUAGAGGAAUUCUUCCUACCGUUGCUGGUGUGGCACCUUACGUUGGAUUAAACUUCAUGACAUAUGAGUCAAUACGAAAAAUCCUUACGCCUGACGGUGACUCGAACCCUAGUGCCCUCAGAAAACUAUUAGCGGGAGCGAUAUCUGGUGCAGUUGCCCAGACGUGCACAUAUCCAUUCGAUGUUCUCCGCCGUCGGUUCCAGAUAAAUACAAUGUCUGGCAUGGGGUAUAAAUACACUUCCAUCUUCGAUGCUGUCCGAGUAAUCGCUGUUGAAGAAGGCCUUCGAGGCUUCUACAAGGGCAUCGUUCCAAAUCUACUAAAAGUUGCUCCCAGCAUGGCCAGCAGCUGGCUCAGUUUUGAGUUGACACGAGAUUUCUUUGUUAGUCUAUCCAAGAUAGACUAA